AUCUUGGUCAAAAGUUGGUUCUGAGGGUGGUCUCUAAGAGCACGAAGCAGUACCGCAGUGGGCUAAAAGCUGAAGUCAAUGAUAAUAUUUGAAGGUCCACAAGUUCUGAUAACUGACCCUCAACCUCUUGUUUUGGAAAACAAUAUUACCUUUCUUUCUUACGUAAACAAAACAAAUCUUGUUUCUUACAAAGGAUUUAGUUAUAUUCCUUCAAUGUUGUAGAUGUUUUGGUUAAAUCCAUAACUUUUCUUUGUUUUCUCCAGAAUGUAUCUAAGACCUUUCUAUACAAAGGUAUAUAAACAAAGUAUUCAAACCGACCUUAGCUCAGUUGGUAGAGCGGAAGACUGUAGUAGUUGCUGUAAUCUUUAGGUCGCUGGUUCGAUUCCCGCAGGUCGGAAUUUUUUUAUCUUUUUGUUUAAGUUAUCACUUCUAGGUUUAGAGAUGUGCACUUGACGCGAUUGCUUGUGGGGUUGUUGCGUGUAAACUUUACAUCUUUCGAAAAGGAAAAUAUAAAAUAUGAAGUAAUUUUAUGUAUAUGAGUAAACUAACUCAACUUACAUCGUGUUCGAUUUUCCCCUUCAGUUUAUUUUUCUAGGAUAUAUAACAACAAUACACAUGUUGAUGGUUACAAAUAGGCAUGGGGCAUUCGGGUCAGAUUUCUCAAAUUUUAGUUAUUUUUUAUAAUACUUUCUAGGUUCCAUUCUAAUAAAUUUGCAAAUACGGGUCAGAUUCGGAUAUAACGCAUCGGAUUUUGGUUGGUUUUGUAACACAUCAUAGAAUCCAUAAAAUAAUCAUAUAUCGUUUGGAUUCGGGUUAUAUCGAAUCGGUUCAGAUAUACCCGAAAUAAAAUCUAAAAGUAAAACAUGAAAAUAUAUACUUAUUUAUAUAUAAUAAACUAUUUGAAGUAUAUAUUCAUGUUUCAUAUAAUUAUAUUGUAUAUUAGUUUGGACAUUUGGAUCGGUUUUUCUCAUAUAUUUUUAAGAUUUUUUGGUUUUUCGAGUUACCCGUUCAGAUUCGGUUAAUAACAUUUCAGGUUUAUAUAUGUUUUGUACUAUCUUACAAAGCCUAUUCUUUUAUUUUUAAUAUUUUAAAUUGGGUAUGAUCGAGUUUUUUGUUUCGAGUUCAGUUCGGAUUUCGGGUUAUGGAUUUUAUGCCGAUGCUUAGUUACAUACUUACAAUUAAGUACGUAAUUUCAGCAGUAUGUUUUAUGUCUCCAAUGGUAUUAAAAGGAUGAGUUCCAAACUUCCAAUUCCUACUUCCAAUGAUCCCAUCCGAUCCAAAUCUGAAGACACGUUUCACUUGUGGAUGUUAUGAAUAACGAAAACACACCAAUAAUGAAUUCUCAUUUUAACUUUUUGAGAAAGAAGCUGAAGCUUUUGUCAAAGUGUAUCCAAUAAUGAAAAAAAAAUGAAUUUUGAAAUCAUGAGACCACAUCUUGUAUUACUAUUUAUGCUUUUUGUUAGAAAGGGACGAGACACUAAAGAACCAACAACAAAGGAUUGUUGACCUACAAGCCCUUUCUCCAUCUCUUAAUGAGGAAGUAAUUGUAAUAUUACAUAUAUUCUCAAUUUCCUCACACAAAAUAUAUUGAAAUGUACUUCAAGACAAAUAUAUUUUGGUUUGGACAAAAUACUUCUAGACAAAUAUUUUUUUUUUUUUUGAAAAAGGCUUACUUCUAGACAAAUAUUAAGUAAGAAUAUUAAGAGUAACCCAACUGAGACAAACAAAUAGUAUAAGAUAAUCCAUAGUUCCAUAUUAACCAUAAUAUUUACACAAGUCCAUACUAAUAUAUAUUCUAUUUCUGUUUUAUGAUAUUUUAUUACAUAUAUACAAUGCAUGUAUAUAUAUUCCACACAACAAAUUGCAUAACAAUUUGUUUCAGCACAGUGAUAGUGGGCAUGAUUUGUAGUUUGUACUUAUCAUUCAAGUCCUAGCUACUUUUAGAAUAAAGUUUUAUACAUUAAUAAAUUUGUGCUACAAACAGAUUUCACGUAUCAAUAUCACGGUUAUAGCUGCUUUACUGGCUGAGUAAACUAAUUACAAGUGGACAAAGUCACUAAUAUAGUGCGAUGCUGCUUUUUUUGUUUUUUAUCAUAAAUAAUACAAAUAUUGAUCUUAAUCUGAUAGCUUUCAGUGUAUUAAUUACUUGAACCACUAGUCUAUCGUACGUAGCAUGCCAAUAUACAUGAGAUAUUUGUAAUGAUAAGCGAUCUUCCGGAUUUUUGUCAAGAAUGGAUUCGCAAUGAGCACGUUCUUAAACUUCUUCUAGAAUUAGUCGUCGUUAGUGAUCGUCUUAAUCAAUCAUGCAUGCUUUAAAUUGAUUUCAGUAAUAUCUUACAUAUUGUAAACAUAAACAUUAUAUUAAUAUUACAGAACUCAGUUUUAAUAAUAUUACAAAUAAAAUAAACAUUAUUUAGAGAAUAAUAUCAUUCGAUACAAGACAAAGGCUCUUUAACUAACAAAAUCUUUAGGAGUUGCAUACUUUCCAUGAUCAAUAGUAUUUUAUAUCAAAGAUUUUUUUUAACAACAUUUUAUAUCAAAGCUAAUGAGUUAACAUGCUACAGCCUUGUUGGAUUAAUACAGUACCACAUUUUCUGAACAAACCUCUCAUUUUUAAUUAUUUAUGGCUAUAUAUAUAUUCUUCUUAUUAUUACGAAUAAAAUAACAUUUUAAUUUUGUAUUGGAAAUUAAAAUACGAAACCUCAAAGCUAAAGGAAAAUCCCAAUAUAUAUAUAUAUAUAUAUAUAAUUUUCAUAACAUACAUAUUAAGACAAUAUAUAGCUUAGUCACCACAUUUUUGUUGUUGUUGUUAUUGUUAUACUUUGCAUUUAAAUGACAAAGCCCCAUACAAAAACCAUAUUAUGUCGUUUAAAUUUCUUAUAGUUGCUCAAAAACAAGUUAUUACAAUUUAGAAACUUUUUUUUUGAUCAAAAGUUGUGUAGUAAGUUCUCCUGUCAAGAGAGAAUUUCUACCACGUUUAACAUGUAAAUAACGUAAAAACGAAAGUAUGGUCAACCCGCGUUUUAUUGUAGACUACACUGAGUGACCCAGUAUAAAUACUCACAUGGAUCAAAGCUAAGUUCUCUCAAGAAACAAAGUAAAAGAAAAAAAAAAGAACAAAGAGAGAAACAUAUUCUCAGUUUCUUUACAUGAAUAUAAACUGAGAACACAAUUGGUCUUUUAUUCUCAAAAGUCCUCCAUUUCUUCACUUUUUAGGGUUUUUUCUUCUUUUUCUUCGGUUCCUAUCUUCACCAAUGGAUUCUUUUAGCUCUCAGAAAACUAAACCAAGAAAGACAAAAAGGCUUGCGAAAAAGUCUCGUGUUCAGAUAAUCUUGGACCUGUUUUACCGGGCGAUCGAGAUAGUUCUUGUUCUGGUUACAGUAGCUAAGCUAUGCUAUCAGCUCGUUAUCACGUUGCAUGAUUCUGGUGUCGCCGCGGUUGUUAUCGCAAACCGCAAUCUUGCGUUUGUUGUAGCAAACGCGAUAGUCAUCGCUCUAAUCGCGAAAUCAGGCCUUCUCUUGAAUCAAGAAGUUGUUACGAAGUCCAAACGCAACGCUCUUUACGAGGAGUUUGUUCAAGAGAGCUCAAGGAGAGAUGAAGGAAAACAGAGCGAAGCAGAGAAAGAGACACUGAGCAUAACUGAGACCAUAGCCAAACAGAGCAAACCUGAGAAGGCUACAAAACAGAGAGAUUCAGUGAAGAGAGAGAAGCAAAGCAUAGUUGAGCAUCAAGAGAAGAAGAUGGAGAAACAGAAGAGACAAAGUCAGAGCUACCAACGAAGCAGGUCGGAGAAUUUGGAGGGUUUGGAGAAGAGUUCAUGUGGAAUAUUAAGGAGAUCAGAGACGGAUACGUCAUCUGAUAGAUUUGAUUCUGAAGAUGAACUCCGGUACAAGAUCGAGUCUUUCAUUGCAAGGCAGAGGAGGAAUCAAAAUGAUGAUUAGCUUGGUAUAGCUUAGAUAAAACACAUAUAUUAAAAUAUCAAAGAUAGUUUUUGCAAAUACCAUUCACGUAUAAUAAUGUGAGUGUUUGUUAUAAAAGGGUGAAAAUAUUUUAAAUCCUUGGCAUAAAUUUUUGUUUAUCUUUUUAUUCUGUUGUAUUUCUUUGUAUAAUAUUUUUGGUAAUCCAGUAUAAUAUAACAAAAAUGAAUAU